AUGCUCCAAAAGCUUCUGGGAGAUGUGCCACCCAACGUAGUUCCUUUGCUUUCAGCCUCUAAACUCAUAGCAAUACCUAAACAUGGGAAUGAUGUGAGGCCAAUCGCUGUAGGGGAAGUUUUUCGACGACUUACUGCCAAGACUAUUUGUCAACAGAAGUCACCUGAGUUUGCUUCAUAUUUCUCCCCUAUACAGCACGGCAUUGCGACACCUGGAGGAGCUGAGCUGCUUACACACCAUAUUCAGAUCUUAUUGGAGCAAAAUCCUGAUUGGUCAAUCCUUAAAACAGAUGUCAGGAAUGCCUUCAAUUCUGUUUCAAGGGAACGACUUCUUCAGCAAAUUGCUAAAGACUUUCCUGAUAUCUAUCCUCAUGUCAAGCAGUUGUACGGGGAAUCAAGCAAGCUGAUAUACGUCACUGACAAGGGAGUUGAGUUAUUAACAUCAAGUGAAGGAGUUCAUCAAGGAGACCCUUUGGGACCUGCUCUUUUCUCAGCUACUAUCCAUCCUAUUUUAUGUGAGGUGAUCAAGAGACAUGAGGGUGUUACUAUGCUGGCAUAUCUAGAUGACAUCUAUGUGGUAGGUCCAGUCAAUAGUCUUCGAAAUAUUUUGGAUGAUUUGAAGUCUUCCCUGUCCACGUUGCAUUUGGAAAUUUUAGACAGAAAGUGUGAGUUGUUUUGUCCCUCUGGUAAUGUCUGUAAUUUUCCAACUCCAGUUACCUCUGAUGGCACUAUUAUACUAGGCACACCAGUAGGAAAACCUGAAUUUGUUCGUUCUCAAUGUGCUGACAUUGCCAAGGGUGGGAAGGAACUUUGCCGUGAAUUGGCCCUGCUGAAUAAUCGGCAAAUCUCCAUGCUGAUUCUACGACACUGUCAUGUGCCUAGAUUGAACUACUUGGCAAGGCAAGUAUUUCCUCGUGAUCUAGAACUGGCAGCAGUCAUCCAUGACAAAAUGACUAGAUCUUCAUUUGUGGACAUCAUUGGUUUCAAUCAUUUGAAUGAUACAGCCUGGAAACAAGCGACUCUAAAGCUCAAGAAUGGAGGCUUUGGUUUAACACAGAUUGGACAAAUUUCUCAUGCUGCUUUUGUGUCUUCUUGGUGUCAAUCAAUGAAAGAAUUGCCAUCUCGUUUCUUGUGUAUGACUGACUUGGUUGAUUAUCUUACUUCUUCUAAAGAAAAGUCGGGGUCGAUUGGCUCAGAAGUAAUUUCUAGCUUUUCCGACUUGCCACCAUUGUCCAAGUCAGCUGACAAUGAUGAAGAUUUUCAAACACUUGAUGACAUCAUCGCUUAUCCUAAGAAACUGCAGCACCGUCUUUGUACUGAGAUAAACGAAAUUAAUGUGUCUGAACUCAUUGCUCAGGCUCCUUCUGAUAAAGAUGCGGCAAGGCUGCGGUCAUUGCAAGGUCGUGGAGCCGGAGAUUGCGUCCUAUUUGAGGUUGGGAUUGGCUUUACCGUUUACCAAGUGGGUGAAAGUGUGUGACUGUGGACAACAACUGGAUCAACAAGGAUACCACCUACUAACAUGUAAAUAUGGAGGAGGUCCUGUCUGGACCCACAAUACUAUCUUGAAGGGUUGGAGUGAAUGUUUGAGUGAUUUGCACAUUCCCCAUCAAACCGAACCCCGGCAUCGUUUUGUUAGUAGCGAAAACCGUCCUGAUAUGACACUCUUUGAUUCUGAAACAGGACAGAAUCUUGACGUGGAUGUUUCAUUAGCACACCCAUGGAGUAAGGAUGCUCUCAACCACGCACACAGAGAAGAAGGGUAUGCUGCAAAAGUAAGAGAGGAGAAGAAACUAAAGAAAUACUCAGGAGAGGUCCUGCAUGGUGGUUUAUCAUCCAAGUGUGUUCCACUAGUCUUUGAACAUUUUGGUUUGUGGGGCUCGCACGCACACAAGUUUUU